AGCAAGCAAGAUGGCGGCCGAGACGGUGGAGCUUCACAAGCUGAAGCUUGCUGAACUAAAGCAGGAAUGUCUUGCACGUGGCUUGGAGACCAAGGGAAUAAAACAAGAUCUCAUCAACAGGCUCCAGGCAUAUCUGGAAGAGCAUGCUGAAGAGGAGGCAAAUGAAGAAGAUGUACUGGGAGAUGAAACGGAGGAAGAAGAGCCUAAACCCAUAGAGCUGCCUGUCAAAGAGGAAGAACCCCCUGAGAAAACUGUUGACGUGGCAGCAGAGAAGAAAGUGGUAAAAAUCACCUCUGAAGUACCACAGACUGAGAGAAUGCAGAAACGAGCUGAACGAUUCAAUGUACCUGUGAGCUUGGAAAGUAAGAAAGCUGCCCGAGCAGCUAGGUUUGGCAUUUCUUCAGUUCCAACAAAAGGCCUGUCAUCUGACACCAAGCCUAUGAUAAAUAUGGAUAAGCUGAAGGAAAGAGCUCAAAGAUUUGGUUUGAAUGUCUCAUCAAUCUCCAGAAAGUCUGAAGAUGAUGAGAAACUGAAAAAGCGGAAGGAGCGGUUUGGGAUUGUCACAAGUUCAGCUGGGACUGGAACCACAGAGGAUACAGAGGCAAAGAAGAGGAAAAGAGCAGAGCGCUUUGGGAUUGCCUGAUGAAAAGCUCUGGAUGCUUUCUGUUCUCCAAUGGUUUCCAUUGCUCUGAUUCUUCAUGGUCAUGUAUAUACUUAAAUCUACAGCCAU